UACCCACUUUACAGAGCUCGGACUCGAGAUAGAGACAGAGUGUGAGAAACUGAUAAGAAAUGACUUUCUAAGCCGGUGGAAUUGGAUAUCUUGUGGCCCCUCUUAUGGUAUUGCUACUUGCUCCUCCUCCUCCUGUAAAGAGUUUGAGCGGUGUUUUGAACUAAAAUUUUUCAAUGAAACAAAUUGUUGUGAAAGUUGUGAACGGCAUCAAUGCUUUACAGUUAAGAACAAAACAGGGAUAUGGAGCAUUGAUAUCAUACCCUGCCUAGGUACCCCAGAAGUGAAUUUCCUGUUUACCGUCAAGCCACUUACAAAUCAAGGAACGUACGAAACAGGAGAGAGAAAGAGAGAGAAUUGUCAUGGUCUGGAAUCUUUAGGAAAUCUUAACCCUAAAAAGAUUAACGCCGAGAAGGAUGCAGUAUCCAUGCUUGAGAAUGCAACUAUCUUUAGCCCUAAGAAAAAGAACCUAACUAAGGGGGAUGUGAUGUUCAUCGCACUGGUAUUUGAAGACUUUCUAUAUAGACUGGCUCUAUCACAUUUGAACGCUACAACUACCAAUUUCUCCCUCUUCAGAAAUAAUUCAGUCGUAGAUUAUCUUGCUACUCGCACAUUCAAGCACAGUGGCGAUGAAAUUAUUUUUACUGAUCCUGGAAAGGAAAACUUCAUGGAAAUUCCAUCAGGAAACUCCCACGAGAACGGGUCAGUGGUUGUAGCAGCUAUGUAUAAAAAUCUAACCGAGUUCUUCAUAUCGGACAACAACAUCAACGGAACAAACAAAACCAGGAAGCUGAACACUAUAAUCAUGUCCGCUGAAAUAUAUCCUGAGCUUGAUAAAUUGCAGGAAAACAUUACCCUGGUUUUUAAAAACAUGAAAAAGGCAAGUGGAGAUAGAAGAGAGUGUGUAUUCUGGAAGAUGUUUGGAGAGGGCCCUGAGGGUUGGUCAUCGCAAGGUUGUUUCACCAGAAUCUUGAGCGAAUCCCAAACGGAAUGCAAGUGUAAUCACUUAACCCACUUUGCUGUUCUGAUGGAUUUUACCAACGAUGACGAUGACAGCGUUGCACCGAAUACAAAAGGAGAUGACAGGAUACUGACAGUUCUUACAAUUGUGGGGAUGGCUUUAUCUCUGGCUGGAGUUUCUAUUACAAUCAUCAGCUAUAUUCUGCUUACAGACAGGCAUGCACCAUUGUCCCAUAUUCGAGUAGGGCUAACAUCUUGCAUUGGAGCGGGACAUAUUGUCUUCCUUGCUGGAGUUGAUGCCACAGGAAACAAGGCUGUCUGUCUUGCGGUAGCAGCUCUCAUGCAGUAUUCUCUGAUGGCAGCAUUCUGCUGGAUGCUGGUCGAGGGCAUUUAUAUCUACUUAUUUGUUGUGAAGGUGUAUAACAUAAGUGAUAAACUCCGUCGCUAUCAUGUCCUUUGUUGGGGACUUCCAGCGGUGAUUGUUGCUGCAUCUCUAGGUAUUGUUGCAAGAAAAGACGGAAUCGAGAAUUUUGUCAAUGAUCAGUAGUAAGUUUGAAAGUUUACCUAUUUUAUCUUCUGAAAGCAUCACUGUAGAUACAUAAGUGAAUAAUGUUUCGACCACCUGAAGAGGUAAA